AUGACAGAAAGUUCCCUAAAGAAGAAAAGAUCAUCAUCAUUGAAGAGACGAAGUGGAAAAGCACCGAGAGAUUGGACAGGAGGUGGAGGAGUGCCGAGUUAUGCAUUAGCUGAUACAAAAAGGAUUCAUGUAUUUCGAAAUGGAGAUAUCUAUCAUCCGGGAAUACGGGUAGUGGUGAACCCUCGUCAAAUGCGUGAUAUGGCUCCAUUUCUUGAUCUUGUCAAUCAAAAAUUACAAAUGAUUGCCGGUGCUAGGAAACUCUUCACAACUGGCGGAAAAGAGAUUAAAAGAAUCGCAGAUAUUGAGAAUGAUAAAGAAUAUGUGGCAUCACCUGGACCCUUCACUCCAUUACCUUAUGGUCAAACCCUUGUCAGAUCGGCUUCUUCUUUUAUCACAUCAAUGACAAGUACGAGUCUAGCUUCUCAACUUGCCCGUUCAUCUCGAUCCUCAGAGCCACGCAAAUCAAAUUCGGAGAGUGGCGGAAAGAGGAAAAGACCAAAAUCACAAGCUCCACCCGGUACAGCACCAGCCGAUCUAUCGUCUAGAGUGAAAAGAGCUGUGAGUGUUGGAGAGAAAAAAAUCAAGAACUUGUCAUCAAGUAAUGGAGAAUCGACAACAAAGAAGUUAAAGAAAAAGAUACAAAAUGGAGUGAAUACUGCAAAAAAGACGAGUGGAGAUGCACAGAAUAAUGGAAAGAAAGUUGUGAAAAAGAUGAAGAAAAAGGCUCAAAAUGCGGUGAAUGGAGUGGUGAAAAUGGGGAAUGAUGGAAAAGAUCAUGUGGUUGAAGGAGUGAAUGGAAUGGCAACAGCUGGGGGAGCGGCUAUUGGAGCUGUUGGUGGAGCAAUUGGUGGAGCUGUUUCUGGAGUUUUUUCGGAUAAAGAUGAAGAAAAGGAGGAUCAUGAAGGAAAAGAGGGACAUCAUGAAGGAAAUCAUCAUGAAAAUCACAAAGAAAGCGAUAAAGAUGAUGAGAGUGAAAAAGAAAAUGAUCACGAAAAGGAUGAAGAUGAUGUGGAGGAAAGGCAUCAUUCAAGAAGACAUUCAAAAGUGUCUGUGAAAUCGACACACUCGGAAGCGCAUCAUAAUCAACACGAAUCGGGAAGAGAACAUUCGGAAGAGAAAGAUGAUGAAGAAGAUGAUGAACACGAUGAAAAAGAAAGUAAAGCAGAGUCGGAUGAUUCAAAGCGAACUCAAACAAUCAUGAAACAUGAU